AUGUUUGUGGACAUUGUGGUCUACUUUGUUGGUACUGCUGCAGGGGUGGAUAGCAAUCUCCAUGAAGAAGCUGACUUAGUUGUUGAACAUGGAAAACCGGUAAAUGACCAUAACACCCCUGAUCUAAAUUUUCCGAACACUGUUGUCCCUGGCAUGCCUGAAUUUGAUCGGAAACUUGGUGCACCUGCAAAAAGGAUGGCUCCAUUGGUGACCUUGCAGAAGAAGGUGUAUAUGUCAAUACUAAGAAGAGAGCUUCCUAAGCUUCUAGCAUUAUCUUCUGGAACUUGUAGUCAUCAAUCCUUGGAGAAUAUUGUAAUACAACUACGUAAAGCAGGUAGUCAUCCUCACCUCUUUACUGGUAUAGAGCCAGAACCAUAUGAAGAGGGUGAACACUUGGUUCAGGCAAGUGGCAAACUGGUAGUCUUAGACGAGCUACUUCAGAAGCUACAUACGUCUGGAUACCGUGUUCUUCUGUUUGCACAGAUGACACAUACACUUGAUGUCUUACAGGACUAUAUGGAGUUGAGAAAAUACCCUUAUGAGCGGCUUGAUGGAUCCAUCAGAGCUGAAGAGCGGUUUGCUGCAAUACGGAGUUUUAGCCGAAAGUCCGGAAUUGGAAAUUCCAAUUCCGAAGCUGAUUCCGACUCUGCAUUUGUCUUCAUGAUUUCCAGCAGAGCAGGGGGUGAUGGGCUGAAUCUUGUAGCUGCUGAUACUGUGACAAGGGAACGAGCAUUGGGGAAUUGGGUCUUUGAUGAAACUGCUGGAAACAUUCAUAGGGAGUUUGGAUCUGGCUAUCCUGGAGGCUUAGAGCAAUGGUUGCAAGAGAUGAGUUCAGAAGAAGAAGAAACAAGGCUGCAACUAACUAUAGUUCAGGUUGAUCUUGAAUAA